AUGUCUCUUCUUGAUAAUAGUGGAGAUGUAACAAAACAUACUGCUGUUCAACGAAAGCAGUUGAGUCCGCAAAGACGCAUACGCCAGACAGGUUUUCUGACACCAUGUCUAUCUGCAGUAAUGUUUGCACCGAAUCUUCUGCCUCCAACUCCUUUAGACCAGAACAAAGGCAUAGUUGCGAGUUAUGUGAUUAUUCACACGGUGUGGCUGGCAGUGAAUGAUGCCGAUGACCUCUUUGGUUCCUCAAAACCUGUUUGCUGGCUUGGCACAAGAGAUGAAUGGGGCUUUGCAAUUCUCAGCCGCUUUGAACUCCAGAAAACAACAAACAAACUUUGGGCUAUCGUUUCAUUAUCUUCAUAUCAAGUUAUUGACUGA